UAGAGAGAGAAGUCAAAAUGAUGGCGACCGGUGCAGAGGAGAUAACAAACCAAACAAACCCCUGCCCCGUCCCCGACAUCAGUCUCAGCACCCUGUCCAUCAAAAUUACGCGGAAAAACCAGGAUAGACCCUGGAAAUUGCGGUUUAUUUACCUGCAGUGCUAUUUCUUAACCAUUGCAACGAUACUGGGAACUGGCAUCUUAGGUCUUCCAGUGACGAUCGCUCAUGCUGGACUGCUGCCUUUCCUUGUCUCGUUUCUCAUCGGCUUCCUUGUCCAGGCACUGCUCAUCUACCUGUUUGUGGAGCUGCUUCAGAGAUGUCAGGUGCUGCAGGUGGAAUCUCUAAAGGCUGCCGUCAGCGAGCGUUUUGUGAUGGACCAGGUGGGCUUGGAGAGUCCAGCUCCCGCAGAGGAGGAGGAGGAGGAUGAGGGAGACAGUGCAGAAGCAGAUACAGGCUUACUACAGCAGGAUGCAGCAGCCAGCCAGAGUCAAGCUGAAGGCCUGCAGCCAAACCUUCACCUGAUCGGCCUCCUCUUCCUCUCCCGGCCCAUGAGCCACGCCUUCAACUGCAUCCUCCUUUUCCAGUUUAUUUCUAUAGGCAUUAGUUACGUGUUGGCUGGCAGUGAAGCGUACGCUGCUCUUCUGCAUGUCAGCCACAUCUAUUUGAUUCCAGCCUUCACCUGGAUCCUGACUCUCGCCAUCUUAUUGGCCCAGGUGAUCAUCCAGCCCAUCACAUCGCUGCUCACUCUGCUGAAAGGAGUCCUGCUCAUCGUCACGGUGGCCGUGACAUUUGCAGUGGGGUCAGAGGUCGGUCUACAGAGCAGCAGUGACUUCAGUCAGAUGGGGAAACCUUUCCUAAUGGGCACUGUGGCUCUGGGAGGGAUCGUAAAUGUGAUGCCUCUGCUCUUCUCCCAGAUCUCUCACAACAAGACGCAGAUCAUGUGGUUUCGCAGAGCGGUGCUCGGAGGCCUGACGACCUGCACUGUGCUCAACAUCCUGUGGUGCUGGGCAGUGUUGGAGAUCGUCCCCCAGACGUCGGCCCCAGAGAGGCGGAUGACAGCUGAGAUCGCGCGGUCCAACUCCAGCAGCCAUGGCCCGCUCGCCCCUCCGUCCUCUGCUGACCUGCCGCUCUACUCCAACAUCUCGCUGGAGCAGUCAGAGAAAGCUGGAGAGAUUGCAACCAUCCCACUGACCAGGAUCAUCAAUGAGCGCUACAGGUCGUACAGCUGGGUGGCCGAGCUGAUCCAGGUCUUCAUCGCCAUCAGCAUCACCGUCUCCUUCCUGGUCAUGGGAUCUGCCAUGAAGCACACCAUUGACGGGCUGGUGAGCUCCAUGUGGAGCAGCAGACUGGACGGGCUGUCUAAAGCCUGGGAGCGACGGCUGCCUGCAGCGCUGCACGUCUGCUCGGCCAGAAGCAUGGCCAAUAGAUUGAUGUCAUUGCUUGCAUUUGGUGUCAUCUUUAUCGUGUCGGCUUGUGAUCCCAGGGGCUUCGUGGUGAUGCUGGAUAAAGUCGUGUCUUUCUCUCUCAACACUGAAGUGGGGCUCUUUGUCUUCGUCAUGCUGCGAGCUUCCAGAGCCAACAGGUUCCAACAUCUGUCCAUCCCUCUGCCAGUAAGUGGGCGGGUCUUCAGCCUCAGCUGGCUUCUUCCUGUUUACUUCCUGUUUGCGGUGGCCUAUGACGUCGUGCAGACGCUGGUGGAGGCGGGGCAUAACCUGCCGGUCUACGGCCACAGCCGCGGGCCGGCCAAUCAGAGCCUGCCUGAGAGCCCGGCAGCAGCCAAUCCCUCGUCUCUGCUGUGAGGAGGAGGAGCGCCCUCUGCUGCUCAGACUGAUCAGCUCUCACAAAACAGGAUCUGCGCUUGUUUGUUUUGGUUUUGGUUUUGGUUUGUCUCCAUGUUUGUUGCCGAGCGCUCGCCGCUGCUGCACCCGCCAGAGCUCACCUGUCAAUCAGACAGAGUGGGCGGGGCUUGGCUCUCAGCUGAUGGAGUUUAAUGAGUUUCUCUUUUCUUGGUCUGUUCAGCCGUGGAGGCUGUCGCUGCUCAUGUUUACUAGUCCUCCUCCUCCUCCUCCUCCUUCUUCUUCUUCUUCUUCUCCUUCUACUUCUUCUUCUUCUUCUUCUUUAUUCCAAACGAAGCAGGAAGCUGAAACGCAUCACUUCCUGCACAGAGAGGAUUUAGUUUUUUUUUCCAGGAAUCAAAUGACCAACCAGACACCAGAGUGUUAAAAGAAGGAAAAGUAAAAGCUGUCAUGACCUUGGAAAGCUCAACAGUGAUGACUGCCUCAUCAUCAUCAUCAUCAUCAUCAUCUUCAUCUUCCUCAGCCUCCUCCCAGCACGAGGCACAGCGAGGCGCCUGCUGCAUUUCUCACUCUGGACAUCAAUCAGGAGCUUAAAGCAGUCAAACAGACAUUCCUGCAUAUAAAAAGGUCACAAACUACCACUUUAAAUGAAUGAAUGAUUAGUGUUAUUAUAUUUGUUAUGAGAGCGUCAGUGUUUCCUCUGUGUAGCUCCCACGACCCGCGCGAGAAAACUGGAGAUUGAUUUAAAAAAGAAGAAGAAGAGCAGAGGAUAAAGGUGUGAUUAUUGAGUCUGACUGAACCUCACAGUGUUUGUGUUUGUGAGCUGACAUGAAGGCUGCUGAGGGAGCAGCAUCAUCAUCAUCGUCCUCCUCUUCCUCCUCUGACGUCACCGAGCUCCCAGACCACGUUCACACGGCGGCCAUGUUUCUCUGCCGGCACGCUCAGGGAGCAAAGCUUCAACUCCCUGAUCAUGUCGCUCUGUGUCUUUUGGAAACGCAGGAAAUCUGACAAAAGGUUGUCGCUUCACUGCUUCCUGACUGAUCAGCAACUGAGAAAACAAUGGAGAUCAAAAUGUGGAGGGACAUGGGGCCACAUGUUUUUUUUUUAUUAUUUUAUUUUAUUUAGCAAAACAUCAGAACAAGAAUGAAAUAACAAUAGAUUGUGCAGGUGAGAUACAGAAAACCCCUAGGGGCUUAUAGGAGAAUCCCACCUCAAAAUUUGAUUACAUAAAAAAAAGAAAAAAAUGUCAACAAACAUGUCAGGGUAAAAUCCCCCGUUAGCGACCUUUAGCGAACCGCCGUGUGAAUCUGGUCUGUGAGAGUCUUUUGGGCCCAAAAACAAAAUGUUGCUUGGUUCCAAACAUUUUAAACACUAAAAUCUCAACUUCACACGUAACUUCGACCCAAACAUCUACAGAUUCGGGACAAAAACCAGAAUCAUCGCCCCAAAACAGCGCAGCCGCUAAAACCCCAGAGGAAACACUGACAGCAUCGUCUCUCCUGAAGCCUGAACCCUCCAGACGUGAAGAACACUGCAAAAACUCAAAAUCUUACCAAGAUUAUUUGUCUUCUUUCAAGUCAAAAAUGUCUUAUUA